GUACCAAGAGUGUUGUAGAAUCAGUUGCUAUGCAACCAGAGCCGCUUCGUUUCCUUGUGUGAGGAUGGCUGCAAGAAAGUCUGAUAAGAAUGUCCCUACCAUGGUCCCCACGCCCCGGCCUGUCGUCUCAAAGUCAAAGAGACGCCCAUCCUCGAGCAGUAAGGCUGACAUGUCCAAGAGGGCUGAGGAAAGAGCCCAGGUCAAAUCUGCCUCUGGUCCAACAAAGCAGCACACAGAUAUCCUCCUUGCUAAGGAAGAGCAUUACAAACUUCUUAAUGCAGAGCUGGAGGCCAAAACAGCAGAUCUGGUAAAACAGGCAGAGCAACUCAUGAGAGAACAGAAUGAAGUUCUGUCAAAACCCCUUUCCACUGUCCUGCUCACUGACAUUGAGGAUGAAGAUGAUUUAAGCAUGAUAAAGACUCGUCGGUCCUCAGCACAGAAGCCUGAAGUGAAGGUAUCAGUUCAGAGCAUUGACAAAAAAAGGGGCCGCUUCACAUCCCAAACAGCAUGUACAGGAAAGCAAGGAAAAGAGCUUCACCAUAAAACAGUAACCCAGAAGGUGUCCCAAGGGGAGGAUUUAGCUGCUGUAAAAGAUGUGGACAACUUUUUCCUGGCAAAGACAAUCCAAAGCAUGGAGGAGAAGAUGCAUGAUGACAUUGUCGUCCAUGACAAUGUAGUGGAUGAUGCUGGAGAUUAUUUAGUGUCAGGUGUGUCAGAUGCUCAAAUACGAGUCCUGAAGGCAAAACUACGGAUUAUGCAAGAAGAACUGGAUCAACUCUCAUAUGAAUAUUACAAAAAGGAUGAUGAAAAUGCGAAACUCAGUGCCAAAAUAAAGGAACUGGAGGAGGAUAAAGCCAGACUGCAGAAAACUAGCAGCAUUCAGCAAACACAGAUCGAUAAGCAUCGAGCUUUGGCUGAGAGUCUGCCAAAAAAUGUGACAGUCUUCAGGUGCAGGGUGUCAGCUUUAAACAAGGAGAUCGAGAAUCAAACUAGAUCCCAGAAACAAGCAUCAGCUGUCCACGGCACUGUGGAGGUUCGUCUCAACAGAGCAAUGGAGGAGGUGGAGAGGCUGAAGACUCAACUGAACAAGAUGAAACAGACCAACAAAGACAAGACAAGCGAGGAGCUCCAGGGUAAAGAAAAUCUACUCACAGAGAACAAACUGCUGAAAAAACAGAAAGCCGAGCUCAUUGGCUUCAAGAAGCAGCUCAAGCUGAUUGACAUUCUCAAAAGACAAAAGAUGCAUUUUGAAGCUGCAAAACUGCUGUCGUUCAAAGAAGAAGAGUUUGUGAAGGCUCUGGACUGGGGGAAGUCCUGAACGAUGAGAGGUUUAUUCUUUUUGAUUGGUGGAGGAUGUCGAGAUAAAUAAGGAGAGACUUGUUGCUACCACCACCUCAGAUCUUUUCUAAAACUAUUUUAUUGAAGAUCCUGCACAACUUGAGUAAAAUUACAUCUCCUAAUUACUUGUUUGCUACUGAAUGAUAAACAAGUGCUUUAAUAAAUGAAGAACUCUAUGGUCA